AUGGCAUCUGGCCAAGAGAAGGAUAUGGCAAGGGAGGAAGGGCCCACUGCACCUAAUGAGGUGGUGAACAAUGCUGCUGAGAUUGACCUCAAUCAAGAUGAGGCAAUGGCUGACAUUGAGUUGGAUGAUAUUGAGGACUUGGACCUGGACCUUGGAGAUGAGCAUAACCAUGGUGAAGCUAAGAACCAUGAUGAAGCUGAGCACCAUGGUGAAGCUGAGAACCAUGGUGGCACUGACAACCUUGGGGAAGAGGAUAACACCCGUGGAAAGGAGGCCACUGGUGAUGAAAAUGACUUCACUGAGGGCUCGCGUCACUGCAGCUACUCGUGCGUGGAUGAGGUGGCCCGCAGGGCCGUGUAUGGUGCUAAGAAGCAGGCACAGGGACCGUUUGAAUGGCCGGAGUUCUGCAUCGCGCUGAAAGAGGCAUUCAUGGAAUAUGCGGUCGAGUUUGAGGCCGCAGCACGCUUGCUCCAAAAGCCCUUGGCUGAGGAGGAGAUGAUGCACAUCUUCAUGAAGGGCCUCCCUGUCAACCUGCAGCAGGCACACAUGACCGGCGGCAUGACCGAUUGGACGACUUACAAGGAGAUGAAGGAGCAGGUGAUCAAAACCGACAACAUCAUUCGCACGUACAUUUUUGGCCCCGAAAAGACAAGCUUGCAGCCCCGUGCUGAGGGCUCUGGUGGUCAUGGGAACCGGCCCCAGAAUGCGAAGGGUGGAAGUGGUUGGAACAAAAGGCCUUUCCACCAGCGUGAUCACCAGCCUGGCCCACAGGCCAAGAGACCUAACGGAGGGGGAGGUCAUGGACCUAACAAGUCGGACUUCUCCGACAAGCAGUGCAGAGGAUGUGGAAGGAUGGGGCACAUCAUAAAGCACUGCCGUGAUAAGAAUGCUAUCAAGUAUUCUGGGAAGCCUAAGCCAGGCGGAGCUGGACCUUCUGGAAAGAAGGAUUUUCAGAAGCCCAACUAG